AUGGCCCUCCAGCGCACGCAGGCGUCCCACCCCUGGCACGACCUGCCGAUCGGCGACGAGGCCCCGGAUCUGUUCAACGCCGUCGUGGAGAUCCCCCGCGGAUCGAAGGUCAAGUACGAGCUGGACAAGUCCACCGGGAUGCUGUACGUGGACAGGGUGCUGCACUCCAGCGUCGUGUAUCCGCACAACUACGGCUUCGCCCCGCAGACCCUGUGCGAGGACAACGACCCCAUCGACGUCCUGGUCCUGAUGCAGGAGAUCGUAGCACCAAUGGCCUUCCUCCGCGUCAAGCCCAUCGGCGUGAUGAAGAUGCUGGAUCAGGGGGAGCAGGACGACAAGGUCAUCGCGGUGCACCAUGACGACCCGGAGUACACGGGGUACAAGGACAUCUCGGAGCUGGCGCCGCACCGCAUGGCGGAAAUCAGGAGGUUCUUUGAGGACUACAAAAAGAAUGAGAAGAAAGAUGUGGUGGUUGACGAGAUCUUGGGUGCUGAAGAGGCAAAGAAGGCUGUCAAAGAUGCCAUUAUGUGCUACCGGCAAAACUAUCUUCCAAAGAUGACCAGGAGCGGAAAGCAGAAUUGGUCAUGA